UGCUUACCUCCAUUUGACUAUAAAUUCUGUUUCAAUGGUUUUGUACAUAACGGUAGAGUUAUUUUAUUCGUUCGGCUAGAGUUUGAGUAAAUAAUUAAAUCAAGAUUAUGCGAUAAGUACUGUGAAUUUAUUAUUUUCGAUUGUUUAUAUAAGAAUAAACGACCAUCAUGUCGAUUCCACCAUAUCUUUUGGGACCCAAUCCAUGGGCUACAAUGAUAGCUCAGCAGCAAGCACACGUUCAAUUGGCAGCGGUCCAAGCUCAUGCUCAAGCCGCCGCUCAUGCUCAUGCUGCUCAUCAUGCUGCUCAUGUUCAAGCUAUGGCAGGUCCACCACUUCCUCAAAUGCCUAAACAACCAGAAGUUUUAUCAGAAGAAAAACUUCAAGAAAAAGCGCAAAAAUGGCAACAAUUACAAUCAAAACGUUUUGCUGAAAAGCGAAAAUUUGGUUUUGUAGAUGCGCAAAAAGAGGAUAUGCCUCCGGAACAUAUUCGAAAAAUUAUACGCGAUCAUGGAGAUAUGAGUAGUCGAAAAUACCGACAUGACAAACGGGUUUAUUUAGGAGCUUUAAAGUAUAUGCCUCAUGCAGUCAUGAAACUUUUAGAGAAUAUGCCAAUGCCUUGGGAACAAAUAAGAGAUGUCAAAGUACUUUACCAUAUCACAGGCGCAAUCACAUUUGUCAAUGAAAUUCCGUGGGUCAUUGAGCCAGUUUAUAUUGCUCAAUGGGGUACAAUGUGGAUUAUGAUGAGACGUGAGAAAAGAGAUCGAAGACAUUUUAAGAGAAUGCGAUUUCCACCUUUUGAUGACGAAGAACCACCACUCGACUAUGCUGAUAACGUUUUGGAUGUUGAACCUCUUGAAGCCAUUCAAAUUGAACUAGAUUCUGAAGAAGACCAAUCUGUGGCAUCUUGGUUUUAUGAACAUAAACCAUUAGUUGGAACAAAACACAUUAACGGAUCAACUUACCGGAGAUGGAACUUAACACUCCCACAAAUGGCAACACUUUAUCGUUUAGCAAAUUCGCUACUUACUGAUUUAGUAGAUCAAAACUUUUUCUAUCUUUUUGAUCCUAAAUCCUUCUUUACUGCAAAAGCUUUAAACAUGGCCAUUCCUGGUGGCCCGAAGUUUGAACCUUUAGUAAAAGAUUCAAAUGCUGCUGAUGAGGAUUGGAAUGAAUUCAAUGAUAUUAAUAAAAUCAUUAUUCGACAACCAAUUCGGACAGAAUAUAGAAUUGCUUUUCCAUAUCUCUACAAUAACAUGCCUCACUUCGUUCAUCUUUCUUGGUAUCACGCUCCAAACGUAGUUUACAUCAAAACAGAAGAUCCUGAUUUACCGGCAUUUUAUUUUGAUCCUUUAAUCAAUCCAAUUUCUCAUCGUAAUUCAUUGAAAACAAUAGAAUCUACAAUUGAAGAAGAUGAAGAUUUUGUUCUCGAUGAAGAUAUACAACCAUUUCUUCAAGAAACUCCACUUUAUACUGAUAAUACUGCAAAUGGAAUUGCUUUACUUUGGGCUCCAAGACCCUUUAACACUCGGUCAGGAAGAACACGAAGAGCUAUUGAUAUUCCCUUAGUAAAAUCUUGGUAUAGAGAACAUUGCCCUCCUGGCCAACCGGUCAAAGUUCGUGUUAGUUAUCAGAAACUUUUAAAAUAUUUUGUUCUAAAUGCAUUAAAGCACCGACAUCCAAAACCUCAAAAGAAACGCUAUCUCUUUAGAUCCUUCAAAUCAACAAAAUUUUUCCAAACUACUACCAUAGAUUGGGUAGAAGCAGGGCUGCAAGUAUGUCGUCAAGGUUAUAACAUGUUAAAUCUUUUGAUUCAUCGUAAGAAUCUAAACUAUCUUCAUUUAGAUUACAACUUUAAUUUAAAACCAGUUAAAACAUUGACUACUAAAGAAAGAAAAAAAUCACGUUUCGGUAAUGCAUUUCACUUGUGCCGUGAAAUUCUCCGAUUAACAAAAUUAAUUAUUGAUUCACAUGUACAAUAUAGAUUGAAUAAUGUUGAUGCUUUUCAACUUGCUGAUGGUCUCCAGUAUAUUUUUGCUCAUGUUGGUCAAUUAACCGGAAUGUAUAGGUAUAAAUACAAAUUGAUGAGACAAAUUAGAAUGUGCAAAGAUUUAAAACACUUAAUAUAUUAUCGUUUCAAUACUGGACCUGUUGGUAAAGGUCCAGGAUGUGGAUUUUGGGCUCCAGGUUGGCGGGUUUGGUUAUUCUUUAUGAGAGGUAUUACUCCAUUGCUGGAAAGAUGGCUAGGUAAUUUACUUUCACGACAAUUCGAAGGUCGUCACUCUAAAGGAGUUGCUAAAACAGUGACUAAACAGCGGGUGGAGUCACAUUUUGAUCUCGAAUUAAGAGCGUCUGUAAUGCACGAUAUUGUUGAUAUGAUGCCAGAAGGAAUAAAACAAAACAAAGCACGUACUAUUCUUCAACACUUGAGUGAAGCUUGGAGAUGUUGGAAAGCUAAUAUUCCUUGGAAAGUACCAGGAUUACCAAUACCUAUAGAAAACAUGAUUUUACGUUAUGUUAAAAUGAAAGCUGACUGGUGGACUAAUACUGCUCAUUACAAUCGAGAGAGAAUUCGAAGAGGUGCAACGGUUGAUAAAACCGUUUGUAAAAAGAAUCUUGGACGAUUAACUAGAUUAUAUUUGAAGGCAGAACAAGAGCGACAACAUAAUUAUUUGAAAGAUGGUCCUUACAUUUCUCCAGAGGAAGCCGUUGCAAUUUAUACGACUACAGUUCAUUGGUUAGAGUCAAGAAGAUUUGCUCCAAUUCCGUUUCCACCUCUUUCUUAUAAGCACGAUACAAAACUUUUAAUCCUAGCAUUAGAACGUCUAAAAGAAGCCUACAGUGUUAAAUCACGGCUAAACCAAAGUCAAAGAGAAGAAUUGGGACUUAUUGAACAGGCUUACGAUAAUCCUCAUGAGGCUCUAUCACGUAUCAAACGUCACUUACUUACUCAGAGAGCUUUUAAGGAAGUAGGAAUUGAAUUUAUGGAUCUUUAUAGUCAUUUGAUUCCAGUUUAUGAUGUUGAACCUCUUGAAAAAAUUACCGAUGCUUAUCUAGAUCAAUAUUUGUGGUAUGAAGCUGAUAAAAGACGACUCUUUCCACCAUGGGUUAAACCUUCAGACUCUGAACCUCCUCCAUUGCUUGUUUAUAAAUGGUGUCAAGGUAUUAAUAAUCUCCAAGAUGUUUGGGACGUAAAUGAAGGAGAAUGUAAUGUCUUACUUGAGUCCAAAUUUGAAAAAUUAUAUGAAAAGAUUGAUCUUACUUUAUUGAAUCGAGUUCUACGUUUAAUCGUUGAUCACAAUAUUGCUGAUUACAUGACAGCGAAAAACAAUGUUGUUAUUAACUAUAAAGAUAUGAAUCAUACUAACAGUUAUGGUAUCAUUCGUGGUUUGCAAUUUGCUUCAUUUAUCGCUCAAUAUUAUGGACUUGUCUUGGAUUUAUUAGUGUUGGGUCUUCAGAGAGCUAGUGAAAUGGCUGGACCGCCACAAAUGCCCAAUGAUUUUUUAACAUUCCAAGACGUUGCUUCAGAAACAGCACAUCCUAUCAGAUUAUAUUGUCGAUAUGUUGAUAGAAUUCAUCUAUUUCUUCGAUUUUCUGCUGAUGAAGCCAGAGAUUUAAUUCAACGUUAUCUUACAGAACAUCCCGAUCCUAACAAUGAAAAUAUUGUUGGAUAUAAUAAUAAAAAAUGUUGGCCUAGAGAUGCUCGUAUGAGAUUGAUGAAACAUGAUGUUAAUCUAGGUAGAGCAGUUUUUUGGGAUAUUAAAAAUCGUCUACCACGAUCUACAACAACUAUCCAAUGGGAAAAUAGUUUUGUUAGUGUUUAUUCUAAAGAUAAUCCAAAUUUACUCUUCAACAUGAGUGGAUUUGAAUGCAGAAUUCUUCCAAAAUGCCGAACAACUCAUGAAGAAUUCACUCACAGAGAUGGAGUUUGGAAUUUGCAGAAUGAAAUUACUAAAGAGCGAACAGCUCAAUGUUUUCUCAGAGUUGAUGAUGAGAGUCUUCAGAGAUUCCACAAUAGAGUGAGACAAAUUUUAAUGGCUUCAGGAUCUACAACAUUUACGAAAAUUGUUAACAAAUGGAAUACUGCAUUAAUUGGGUUAAUGACUUAUUUCAGAGAGGCUGUAGUGAAUACACAAGAACUUUUAGAUCUCUUAGUGAAAUGUGAAAAUAAAAUUCAAACUCGUAUAAAAAUCGGACUGAAUUCUAAAAUGCCUUCAAGAUUCCCACCUGUUGUAUUUUACACACCUAAGGAACUCGGUGGGCUUGGUAUGCUGUCUAUGGGACACGUAUUAAUUCCUCAGUCUGAUUUACGAUGGUCUAAACAAACUGACGUUGGAAUAACUCAUUUUAGAUCAGGUAUGAGUCACGAUGAAGAUCAAUUAAUUCCAAAUUUGUACCGAUAUAUUCAACCUUGGGAAUCAGAAUUUAUUGAUUCUCAACGUGUUUGGGCUGAAUAUGCUUUGAAACGUCAAGAAGCUAAUGCUCAAAACCGACGGUUAACUCUUGAAGAUCUUGAAGACAGCUGGGAUCGAGGUAUUCCAAGAAUUAAUACGCUAUUUCAAAAAGAUCGUCAUACUCUUGCAUAUGACAAAGGUUGGAGAAUACGAACGGAAUUUAAACAGUAUCAAGUACUCAAGCAAAAUCCUUUUUGGUGGACACAUCAACGUCAUGAUGGUAAGCUGUGGAAUUUGAAUAAUUAUCGUACCGAUAUGAUUCAAGCUCUAGGAGGUGUUGAGGGUAUUUUAGAACAUACAUUAUUCAAAGGUACUUACUUCCCAACCUGGGAAGGUCUUUUCUGGGAAAAAGCAUCAGGUUUUGAAGAGUCUAUGAAGUACAAAAAAUUAACAAAUGCUCAAAGAUCUGGUCUUAAUCAAAUUCCCAAUCGUCGUUUUACUCUUUGGUGGUCACCCACGAUUAAUCGUGCCAAUGUUUACGUUGGUUUUCAAGUACAGUUAGAUCUUACUGGUAUAUUUAUGCAUGGUAAAAUUCCCACCUUAAAGAUAUCAUUAAUUCAAAUAUUCAGAGCUCACUUGUGGCAGAAAGUGCACGAGUCAAUUGUGAUGGAUCUUUGUCAAGUGUUUGAUCAAGAACUAGAUGCUUUAGAGAUUGAAACUGUACAAAAAGAGACAAUUCAUCCACGAAAGUCUUAUAAAAUGAAUUCAUCUUGUGCUGAUAUCCUUCUAUUCUCUGCUUAUAAAUGGAAUGUAUCCAGACCUUCACUUCUUGCUGACUCCAAAGACACAAUGGACAAUACAACUACUCAAAAGUACUGGAUUGAUGUUCAACUUCGAUGGGGAGAUUAUGAUUCUCACGAUAUUGAACGUUAUGCCCGUGCCAAAUUUUUGGAUUACACUACUGAUAAUAUGUCGAUUUAUCCAUCACCAACUGGAUUACUUAUUGCCAUUGAUUUGGCUUAUAAUCUCCAUAGCGCAUAUGGUCACUGGUUCCCAGGAUGUAAACCUCUAAUUCAACAAGCUAUGGCUAAAAUAAUGAAAGCUAAUCCUGCUCUUUAUGUAUUACGUGAGCGCAUUAGGAAAGCGCUGCAAUUGUAUUCUUCAGAACCUACUGAGCCGUAUCUUUCAUCUCAAAAUUACGGAGAACUUUUCAGUAAUCAAAUUAUUUGGUUCGUUGAUGAUACGAAUGUCUACAGAGUAACAAUUCAUAAAACAUUUGAAGGUAAUUUAACAACUAAACCUAUUAAUGGAGCUAUUUUCAUUUUCAACCCCAGAACUGGUCAGUUAUUCUUAAAAAUCAUUCAUACAUCUGUAUGGGCUGGACAAAAACGUCUUGGACAGUUAGCUAAAUGGAAAACUGCUGAAGAAGUAGCAGCUUUAAUUCGAUCACUUCCUGUUGAAGAGCAGCCUAAACAAAUUAUUGUAACAAGAAAGGGAAUGUUAGAUCCUCUUGAAGUGCAUCUUCUUGAUUUUCCUAACAUCGUUAUUAAAGGAUCUGAACUUCAAUUACCAUUCCAAGCUUGUCUUAAAGUAGAAAAAUUUGGAGAUUUGAUUUUAAAAGCUACGGAACCACAAAUGGUGUUAUUCAAUCUUUACGAUGAUUGGCUUAAAACAAUUUCAUCUUAUACUGCAUUUUCACGUCUUAUUCUCAUUCUUCGUGCAUUACACGUUAAUACAGAGCGAACUAAAGUUGUUCUUAAGCCGGAUAAAACGACAAUUACAGAGCCACAUCAUAUUUGGCCUUCUUUAACUGAUGAUGAAUGGAUUAAAGUUGAAGUACAACUUAAAGAUCUUAUCCUUGCAGAUUAUGGUAAAAAGAAUAAUGUUAAUGUGGCCUCAUUAACUCAAUCAGAGAUUCGUGAUAUUAUUCUUGGUAUGGAAAUUAGUGCACCAUCAGCUCAGCGUCAACAAAUAGCAGAAAUAGAGAAACAAACUAAAGAACAAUCACAGCUUACUGCUACCACCACAAGAACUGUUAAUAAACAUGGUGAUGAAAUCAUCACAGCAACUACAUCUAAUUAUGAAACACAAACAUUCAGUUCAAAAACUGAAUGGCGUGUUAGAGCAAUUUCUGCUACAAAUCUUCACCUCAGAACUAAUCACAUUUACGUAUCCUCUGAUGAUAUUAAAGAAACAGGGUACACCUAUAUUCUCCCGAAGAAUAUUCUUAAGAAAUUCGUUACUAUUUCUGAUCUGCGAGCUCAAAUUGCUGGAUAUUUAUAUGGAAUCAGUCCUCCAGAUAAUCCUCAAGUUAAAGAAAUUCGAUGUAUUGUGAUGGCACCACAGUGGGGAACUCAUCAAACUGUUCACUUACCUAAUUCACUUCCCAAUCAUCAAUACCUUAAAGAAAUGGAGCCACUCGGAUGGAUUCACACACAACCUAAUGAACUUCCACAACUAUCACCUCAGGAUAUAUCAACUCACGCUAGAAUUAUGGCUGAUAAUCCAAUUUGGGAUGGUGAAAAAACAAUUGUAAUCACAUGCAGUUUUACACCUGGUUCUUGUUCACUUACAGCUUACAAGUUAACACCCAGCGGCUUUGAAUGGGGCAAACAGAAUACUGACAAAGGCAAUAAUCCUAAAGGAUAUCUUCCUAGUCAUUAUGAAAAAGUUCAGAUGCUGCUGUCUGAUAGGUUCCUUGGAUUCUUCAUGGUUCCGAGUCAAGGAUCUUGGAAUUAUAAUUUUAUGGGUGUAAAACAUUCACCAACUAUGAAGUAUGAACUUCAACUGGCAAAUCCGAAAGAAUUUUAUCAUGAAGUUCAUCGACCUGGACACUUCUUAAACUUUUCUAGUUUAGAAGAUGGAGAUGGUGUGGGAGCUGAUCGUGAAGAUAUGUACGCUUAAAUAAAUUUCUUAUACGUACAAAGCACUACUUUUCUCAAUUGUAAAUAGUAGUGUUGAUUUAUUCCUUGUAGUGAUUGAUACAGUUAUAUUUUUAUUUUAAUUAAGUGAAAAGCAGUGACCGUAAUUGUAUUGAUAUGUAAGAUACUUUAAGACUCUUACAACUACAGUUGUAAAACACAGAUUUAGCAUUUUUCAUAAAUAAAUUGAUCAUUACAUGUA